AUGGCCUCGACAGCCAGCGCGGCCUCGGGCGCGGACGACGGCGGCCGCAGAAAGCCUCGCCUGGCGGCGUCUUUGCAGAUCAACUCCGGGCCCAGCCUCUGGCGACCUUUGGCCACCCUGGGCCAAGAUCCCUGGAAGGCUGCGCCGGCCCCCCAGCCUGCCCAGGAUCUCCCGACGGAAGCCAGCCCGUCCGGCCUCCUGCCUGCAGACCCGCCCGCGGGCCAGGCCAUGGUCUUGCUCAGGCAGUUCGCGGCCAGUCUGGGCGUCUGCCUGACCUUCCCAGAAGACCAGACGGCAGGUAUCUCCCUCCCCGUUUCUGUGUGCAUGGAACCUGAUGGGGUGGCCUGCCCAGUGGACACCGAAAAUAGCAAGAUGGAGGCCAAACAGCAGGCGGCUGUCCCUGCCCUCGGCCAGGUCAGGAGUGAGCUGGAGAGCCCAGGAAACACGGGGCCAGAGCCCCCUAGGACCCCAUCCAUCAGGCCUCCACUGACCUCUCUGAGUGUAGAGAGCAUCCUGACCCAUGAGCAGCGCUGUGCAGCCGUGGUGAGCGCUGGCUUUGACCGCCUGCUGGACGAGCACUCGCCGUAUUGGGCCUGUAAAGGGACUGUGGCUGCUGUCAUCCUGGAGAGGGAGGUCCUGGGCGUCAAGGGCCAUGCCAAGGAGAUCUACCAGCUGGUGGCGCUGGGCACCGGCGACAGCAGCUGUGCUGACUGGCUGGAGUUCUUGGGCCGGCAGCUGCACGACUGCCAUGCUCUGGUCAUCGCCCGCCGGGCCCUGCUGAGGUUCUUGUUCCGGCAGCUCCUGCUGGCUACGCAGGGGGGACCCAAGGGAAAGGAGCUGUCUGUGCUGGCCCCCCAGCCUGGGCCUGGACCCCCCUUCGCCCUCAAGCCCCGGAUCUUCCUGCACCUCUACGUCAGUAACACCCCGAAGGGAGCUGCCCAUGACAUCUAUCUGCCGCCGUCCUCGGAAGGCGGCCUCCUGCACAGUCCAUCUUUCCGCCUGCAGGCCCACAUCCGUGGGCAGCUGAAGCCGGUGUGCUAUGUGACGCACGCAUUACACCACACCAGUGUGGGCUGCCUCUCGGCCAGCGACAAGCUGGCGCGCUGGGCUGUGCUGGGCCUAGGCGGCGCCCUGCUGGCCCACCUCCUGCACCCGCUCUACGGCACCAGCCUUGUCCUGGCUGACCCCUGCCAUGACCCCCUGACUCUGAGCAGGGCCAUCCAUACGCGGCCCAGCCUGGAUGAGGUCUCAGGGCCGUGCCUGCCCCCUCCCUACGUCCGCACCACCUUGCACCUGUUUGCAGGGCCUCCGGUGGCCCCCGCUGACCCCACCACCAACACCUGCCACGGCCUGAGCCUCAACUGGAGCCUGGGAGACCCCGGCAUUGAGGUUGUGGAUGUGGCCACCGGGCGUGUGAAGGCCGACGCUGCCCCUGGGCCUCCCUCCCGCCUCUGUAAGGCUGCCUUUCUCCAAGCCUUUCGCCAGGCUGCCAGGGCCCUGGGGCAGCCCCAUCUCCUGGCCUUGAAGACCUAUGAGGCGGCCAAGGCCGGGCCCUACCAGGAGGCUCGCCGGCAGCUGUCCCUCCUCCUCGAGCAGCAGGGCCUGGGGUCUUGGCCAUCCAAGAAGCUGGUGGGCAAAUUCAGAAGCUGAAGCCAACUUCCAGGGAAC